CACGAAAGUCUCUGACGGUCUCAAAAAGAAGAGCCAAAAGUCUCUUUUUAGGCGCUAUCUUCCACCGCUUCCAAAAUUGCUCAACAAAAGCCGACUCCACCGAUUCCUUUGAAUUCCGAUUCCAAUUCCAAUUCCCUCUCGCGAAGUUUGUCACUAAAAGGGAAAUGUGCUACACCAAAUGGAAAAUACUGAUGGUUUUUGGUGGGGAGUCAAGAUAAAUUAAAGGAAAUGGGAGGCUGCUGCUGUUGUUCCUCCAAAGGAGCUGAACUGAACGCUACACCAGCAUAUUAUUAUUACCCAAGAGCUUCAGAGGAGCAUGUGCCUCUAUCAUCUGACCGUGGAGGUGCCCCUGCUCUCUCUACAGGGCUCCUGGUUGAUACAAAUCUGGAUACAUCAAUACCUGACACUUAUAGACCACCUCCUGCACCUAUGCCAUAUGAUGUGGUUUUAGGGCGUCCUCAAACACCUCCUGUGGCUCAAGAAAUUUGCAGCAAGAGUGACGCAGCUGUGCAAACAACAAAUUCUGAUUCUGUUCAAGAAACAGUAGGUGGCAACACCCAAGAAAAUUUGGCUAAGGGUGAAGAUCUCAAGGAAUCAGAAAGCAUAGCGGAAACCAAUUUUGAACUUGACUUGGUAAAAGGGUCAGAAGUUGAACUUUCAAAGUCAGUGAAACCUGUAAUUUCUGCAACAGUGGAAGAGGAUGGUUGUCCCAUAUGUUUGGAAGAGUAUGACGCAGAAAAUCCAAAAAUGACCACAAAGUGCGAUCAUCAUUUUCACCUUGCAUGUAUUCUUGAGUGGAUGGAAAGAAGCGACACUUGUCCUGUGUGUGAUAAGGAGAUGAUUUUCAAUCCUCCUAUUGAUUAGCAGCAAUCAGAAACUGAACUCAACUCCUUUGCAAAGGUUACAUAGCCAUAAGAAUCUUCGUUUUUUCCCCAUCUCUGUCUCUGUCUCUCUCUCUCUCUCUCUCUCCAUUGUUAAGUGGCAGCCACAGAUUGGCUGUGGUUUGGUUGUUUUGGUUCUGAAUGUGUCGGGCCCGUUUCAAAAGCAUAGCGUCUUUGUGCAUUCAUUUACUUUUAAAUGCGGAAAAAAAGAAUGAAAAGAGAAGUAAAUAUAGUUUGGCAUGAUUGAAUCACUGAAGUCCAUUAUCCUUUUUUCUUUUUUUUCUUUUAAAUGAAUUUUUAUAAGCAAUAUAUUUGCUUGAGUUGCGUAGUAAAUGAAGGGAUUACCAUACUAGUCACGUUACUAAAGAGAGAUUCGGAACAGAGCUUAGGUGAAGUGUCUCUCUCUCAGUUAUAGAGCUUUUCUGCGGGUCCUGCAUUUUUUGGUCCCGAUACUGGGUUGUUUCUAGUGGGAAGUAAUCUGUGUAAUGGAAGUAGAGAAAUAUAAAACACAUAGACAUGCUUGAUUUCAGAUUAUUCAUGUAUAUAUAUAUGUAUAUGUAUAUGGUUUGAUUUUGACAUUAGAAGUUUGAACAAGUUGGUCAAUUGACAGAUUUGCACAAAACAUUUUGAAAGGUUCUCUUUUGUUUCGUAA